CGGCCGCCACCAGCGCCGGGGAUGCGGAGACGCCGCUGCUGCUGCUGCUGGGGCCCGGCGGCGCUGCUGCUGCUCCCGCUGGGGCUGGGCAGCCUGCUCGCCGCCAAAGUGAAUAAACACAAACCUUGGAUUGAGACAUCGUACCAUGGAAUCAUAACUGAAAACAACGACACUGUGAUUUUGGACCCUCCCCUAGUUGCUUUGGAUAAAGAUGCACCUGUUCCAUUUGCAGGUGAAAUUUGUGCUUUUAAAAUCCACGGGCAAGAGAUGCCCUUUGAGGCCAUUGUGCUGAACAAGACAUCUGGAGAAGGUCGGCUCCGAGCAAGGAGUCCCAUUGACUGUGAGCUGCAGAAGGAAUACACAUUCAUCAUCCAGGCCUACGACUGUGGAUCAGGACCAGGUGGAACCAACUGGAAGAAAUCUCACAAGGCAGUAGUCCACAUCCAGGUGAAGGAUGUCAACGAGUUCUCCCCAGCAUUCAAGGAGAGCAUGUACAAGGCCUCAGUGACAGAGGGGAAGAUCUAUGACAGCAUCCUGCAGGUGGAAGCCACAGACGAGGACUGCUCCCCCCAGUUCAGCCAGAUCUGCAACUACGAGAUCGUCACCACGGAUGUUCCCUUUGCCAUCGACAGGAAUGGUAACAUCAGGAACACGGAGAAACUGAGCUAUGAUAAGCAGCACCAGUAUGAGAUAAUGGUCACAGCUUUUGACUGUGGGCAGAAGCGUGCGACAGAAGAUGUCUUGGUUCGAGUUAAUGUCAAACCUGUGUGCAAACCAGGCUGGCAAGACUGGAACAAACGGAUUGAAUACAGGCCUGGCUCUGGCAGCAUUCCCUUGUUUCCCAGCAUCCACCUGGAGACGUGUGAUGGACCAGUGUCCUCAAUCCACACCACCAUUGAGCUGCAGACCAAUUACAUUGGGAAGGGCUGUGAUCGUGAAACCUACUCUGAGAAAUCUCUGCAGAAAUUAUGUGGAGCUUCCUCAGGUGCCAUUGACCUGUUACCAUCUCCCAGUACAACAACCAACUGGACAGCUGGGCUCCUCAUGGAUAGCAAUGACAUGAUUUUUAAAUUUGAUGGAAAGCAAGGAGCCAAAAUCCCAGAUGGAAUAGUCCCAAAAAAUUUAACUGAUCAAUUCACCAUCACUCUGUGGAUGAAACAUGGACCUAGUCCUGGAUUAAGAGCUGAGAAGGAAACUAUUCUCUGCAACUCUGACAAGACAGAGAUGAACCGGCACCACUACGCGCUCUACGUACACAACUGCCGCCUCGUGUUCCUGCUGCGCAAGGACUUCGACCAGGCCGACACCUUCCGCCCCGCCGAGUUCCACUGGAAGCUCGACCAGAUCUGUGACAAGGAGUGGCACUACUACGUGGUCAACGUGGAGUUCCCCGUGGUGACGCUGUACAUGGACGGGACGACGUACGAGCCGUACCUGGUGACCAACGACUGGCCCAUCCACCCCUCCCACAUCGCCAUGCAGCUCACAGUGGGGGCCUGCUGGCAAGGAGGUGAAGUCACCAAGCCCAGGUUUGCUCAGUACUUCCAUGGCAGCCUGGCCAGCCUGACAAUACGGCCAGGGAAAAUUGAGAGUCAGAAAGUGAUUUCCUGCUUGCAGGCCUGCAAGGAAGGGCUCGAUAUUAAUUCUCUUGAGAGUCUUGGCCAAGGAAUAAAGUAUCACUUCAACCCUUCCCAGUCAGCCCUUGUCAUGGAAGGAGAUGACAUUGAGAAUAUAAAUCAAGCCCUCCAAAAGGUCUCAUACAUCAACUCCAGACAGUUUCCUACUGCAGGCGUGCGACGUCUCAAAGUCUCAUCUAAAGUCCAAUGUUUUGGUGAAGAUGUCUGCAUUAGUAUCCCAGAUAUAGAUGCCUAUGUAAUGGUAUUUCAGGCCAAUGAGCCCAAGAUUACCAUAACUGGGAUGGACCACUUUGCUAGACCAGCUGCACAGUUUGAAAGUGAAAGAGGUGUUAUUUUGUUCCCUGACAUCAGGAUUGUCAGCACAGUCACUAAAAUGGAGCAUCCACUGGACUCAAGAGAACAUGACAGAGUCAAUAAACAAGUGGUAGUAGAGGAAAUGCUCCACAACUUGGAUUUCUGUGAUGUUUUGGUCAUUGGUGCAGAACUAGACCCUGAACAGGAGUGUUUAGAACUAGAUCAUGGGGAGCUUCAAGGAAAACAUCUAGAUGCCACAAAUUCCACUGCAGGAUAUUCAAUCUAUGGUGUGGACAGCAUGUUCAGCUACGAGCAGGUGCUGCGGCAGCUCCGCUACCGCAACUGGGGCACCUCGGCCACCUCGGACAGGAAAUUCAGGGUCAAGUGCUCCGAGCUCAACGGGCGUUACACCAGCAAUGAGUUCAACCUGGAGGUUAAUAUUCUGCACAGUUCCAACUCAAACUUCAUGGACCAUGUAAAUCACAUGAUAUUCCAGCCCAAAUUUCUCCAAUCUGUUCAGCACCCUGAGGGGAGUGUAAGUGCAGUUCCCAGCUCAGUGGUUCCCAGCGUGGCCACGAUGGUCAUCAUCGUCUGUGUGAGCGUCCUGGUGCUGGUGGUGACGCUGGGCGUGCUCCGGCUGCGCUCCGCGCGCCAGCACGGCUCCCUGGGGCACGAGGGACCCAAGGACAACGAGAUGGACUGGGACGACUCUGCUCUCACCAUCACCGUCAACCCCAUGGAGAAAUAUGAAAAGCCACACCAGACAGAAGAGGAGAGUGAGGAAGAAGAUAUAGAUGAUGAAGAGGAAGACACAACCAGUGCUGAAUCAGAUGAUAGUGAAGAGGAGGAAGAGGAGGAGGAAGUGAUUGUCCAAAAGGGAAACAAACAGAAUGCCACCAGGCAAGAGCAGUUGGAGUGGGAUGAUUCAACACUCCCCUACUAACAAACAGCCUGCCAGCCACAGCUCUUUUGUAACAACCAAUACAAUGUUUUUUCGGAGUCUAUGAAUUCAUUGACAGGAUUUGAACUUCUGCUUGCCUGUAACUGUUUUGCCUAAAAUGAUCUUGUUGUAGUAAUUGAUAACAAUAGAACUGACCCUUUUCUUACAAAGCCUGGAGAAAAGAUGGUCCAAACCUCCUGGCACACGCAGUAAUAAAGUAAUCCAGAACUUGAUCUGUUAGCAAGCGUAGUUCUCAAUUUCCUGUUUCUACCCUGGAGAUGUGUGACAAAAGUCCUGUCACUCAAUCCAUACAAAUUUUUGCCUUUGCUACUUUUUUCACACAGGAGAGAUUUCAGCUCGUUAUGUAGAAUAACUUCUGUGGGUCCAAAUACCAGUUGCCAUAUAACUUCACAUUUUUACAGGUGUAAAAAAACAUAAUCCACCUUCAAAUUGGGGCAGGGUUUUAGUGCUACAGGGGCUAAAUUCCAUCUAUCAUCUCGUCCUGCCUUUUGGAUGUUAACUGUCUUCUGCAAGGGAAUAUCUGGGACUUGACAGGGGAUGCAUGUGUGCUUAUGUAGAUGUGGAUGGUGUAUUUUUCAGGCAUGCUGUCAGACCCUCAAGAGAGGGAUUUUUAUCCAAUCUAUCAAUAGAAAUUAAAAACAAGUUUGAGAAAAACAGCAACAAGAAAGGGCUGCUGAUGGUUAUCCAAAAAAAAAAAAAACCAUCCAGUCUGUGUCCAUAGAUUGAGUAAUAUGGUCUUAUGCAAACUGUAAAUUCUAAUGGGAUUGAUUCACUUAAAAUCUGCAGAGCUGCUCAUUAGUUAUGGAUUGAGCAAUUUGCAGCAAAUCGAUGCUUUAAACUGUCUGUCUCAUGGAACCAUUAGCUUGCUGCAGCAUCUUACUGAACUAGUGGAAAAUAAGUGACCCCAUUAUUCCAUAGCUAUGUAUAGCUGGGAUUUAAACAAUUAUUUUAGAUGAGGAAAACGUUCCCUUUUGCUUAGUGAAUGCCAGCUGGAAUUCCUGUCUGACUGUAUUCUAUAAAAACAUGAUGCCCUAUUUCUUCUGCACCCCUGCCUGCCCGUAGUGCUCAAGAGAAAGGAACAGCACUGUGAGUCCUCUUCUGUGCUCAUAAUUCUCCCUUAUUUCUUCUGCCUGAAGCCAUUAAUGUUGACAGAAGGUUUUAUAAGUAGACAGAGAAAAAUAAAACCUACUUGGAACCAAAAUAGUUGAAAACAAAAACUAAAAUAUUAAGAGGCUGAAAGAGUAUUUUAGUUUGUUAUGGUAACACAGCAUAUUUUUCUUAAACACCGUUUAAAAAGAAAAAAAAAAAAAGGAAAAGCAGAGCUAUAUAAGCUACAUAUACAAUGUGUUGAUUAGUCUGUGUGGUGUGUUUCUGGUCCCCUUUUCCUUAAGCACCUUUCAACUGCUCUGCUUACCAAAUGCUGCAGCCCUUGCUGGGGUGGCUGCUCCAAUGCACAGAAACAAAAUGGCAUGGAAGUGAAUGCUGCUUAGUGGCUUGUCUGGGUUGUUCUCCCGAGUACUUUGUUCUCUUUGCAAUUUCAUCUCUGACUUUUGCUUUUUUAAUCUGCUGUUCGAAAUAAGCUGCUUCCUCUUCUUCACCCUCCCAGUCAGUCUGGCCACAACAGGACCUUCCUGAGCACCCUGAGUGGUGGCUGGUGUGGCAAAGGGCACUUGAAGCAAUCCUGAGGGUGCCCACCUCCCUCAGUACUGGAUUAUUAACAGCUCCUGAAUGUCAUGGGAUAUGGGGAAUAUGUAGGGUGCUCGGCGGUUCUUGUAAUUCCAGUUUCUGCAUUUGGCAGCUGAAAGGAAAUACUGAGAGCAACUAGGCCCCUUAGUUGAAUAUCUAGAAAGUAAAUGAAAGAAAAAUCUAUGAUAAUUUUAAAAUUGGAGAUAUUUAUGCUUUUAUUUGUUGUGCCAGCAAUCACGUUGUCACGCGGUUGCUAAGACUGGCAAUACAGCAGUUUUGUUUUGUUAUCAAUCCUGUUUCAUUUUAUUCUCUCACUCAUAUUAAACUUAGAAGAAUAUUUGAAGAAUCAAGGCCACAUAAGUACAUCUUAUCUGCACGAAUAACAACUGUAAAAAUGUCCACAAUUUUUCUGUUUAAUACAAAAUUAAUAUUGAUAUUUCUGAUUAUCUUGAACAAAAUGUUAUGUUAGAUCAGUUCCUACCAUCCUAGUAUCCUAGAUAAUUUCCCAGUUUUAAUUUUUUAGUGGCAUGAAGCAGGCUCUUCAUGAUGCUUGUUAUCAGCACAUAUCAGCAAAUCUUUACGCUCAGAAAAAAAAAUAUUCAAAAUUAAAUGUAGAUAUUUAAAAGUCAAUUUCAGAUUUAAAACUGGACUUAAAUUAUUUUAAAGUUUCUGUUAUUCCUGAUUAUUAUUGUCAUUGUUGCUGUUGUUGUUGCUGUUAUCAUAGCAAACAUUAGGGCAACUUGAAAACAGCAAUUUACAACCUUAUUGACAGCCUUUAAUUCUUUUAUAUGUUUGUGAAUUCAUCAGUGUGUUUCUCCAUCUAACAGACUUUUAUCUUUUUUGCUGCUGGAAGCAGAUCUUUUCAGGUUGUAUUCGUACAUUACACAAAAAGGAAACAAAGUAUUUUCUCUACUAUAAAUAAAUCUACAUUUUUAAACCUAAGCAAAGUCAUACAGGCAUGUGUGUUAUCACUAAAACUUGAUUUGCAGUAAGAUUCUCAGCAAACUCAAAUGUAUCACUGUACUUAUUUUAGAUUACUUCAUGGAGUGCAUUAUGCAGCAUUUUUCAUUCAAAUAAAUAGAAACAUCCUUUUCACAGAAUGGCAGUGAGAAUGAGGUACUUCUUCACAAAAUGGGCCCUAAAAUAUUUGUAUAGCACUGAAAGCAGUGGUUUCCUGAGCAAAACUACUACUAGAAAAUCACAGAAAUAUGAAUUUUUCUAAAACAAUUCUAACAAUAUUGCCUCCCCUCCAGAAAUUAUUUUUUAUAUAACCUAUUUGCUUAUAAACCAACCAGAACAUAUACACACAUAUGUACAUAAAGACACAUGUGGGGGGUUUUGCCCUUAAUCAAGAGCCAAAAUUGUCUCCUUUUCUCCCUGAAAAAAGUGUUUAGAAUUGUAAAACCAUUCAGGUUGGAAAAGACCUCUGAGAUCACUCACUGCAGUCCCUCAGGGCUGGCUUGUGGUAAGGUGGCUUUUUCUACACUAGCAAUAAACAAGUGUAUCCAAAGAAAGCAGUUCUGAAGAGGUACCAGGAAUCCAGAGGUGACAACAGAGGUCUAAAAUGAAUUCACAUCAAUGAUCCCUUAAAUUUUUGGAGUUCUAAUUUAAGGCUGGGAAAAGCUGUAACACCUACAAAUGCGAAUUGAAGGUGUUAUCUGAAUUAAUAUAACUGCCUAAGUGGUUAUUUGUGAUUUAUAGCUCCCAUUUCUCUUUCAUUUCUAGCCCUCCAUAGGUGUUUUAUCUUUGCAAGUAAACCUUAAAAUGCACAAUAUUUACUGCACUGGCUGACACAUCUAGAACUAGACAUAAGAUUUGUGACAUCUUUAAUACUAAUUAAACAGUUGCUAUUUUUCCAUUCCAACAGGUAGCACUUUGCAGUGGUGAUGGGACUGCUUUUUACUUCACCAGAGGCUAAUGGGAGGGAGCAGUUUAUUUUUCUCUCUGGAAUGUGGUGGUGCUGAGCUUGCUGAGCCCCAUCCUCACUCCAUUCUGGAACAAAGUAAGGCUCAGAAAGCAUCAGAGAGUUCUAAAGUUCCUUCUGUGAGUGAAAUCCACUGUCUCCAUUGCAGGAGCUGUCCCUGCCUGACCCUAAACUGAAAAUAAUGCCAUGGGAAAUCAGUAGCCCCAGGUGAAGGAUGGGCAGAGGGUAGCCCAGUAGCAGCCCUUAUUUCACUGUGGCAAAGCCUUUUGAGCUUUGAUAAAAUAUUAAUAAUAAAUAUUUUUGUCUCAGCUGUCCCUUUUCCCAGCUGUAAUCUCAGAGGCAGCUUUACCUGCCUCCCUGGGACCCAACACUGCCUCUUCUCAAAGUUUUGGUGCCAGCACACACAGCUCUGCACAGAACAGCACCAGGAAAGACUUUACUGGGGUGACAGUAAAGGUCUGGUGGGAUGGAGCUGUUCCUGGUAUCCUAGAAUAGAAAUUAUAAUACCAAAAUUAAGGGUGUUUGCAAAAACAUAUGGAUACUGAGAGAGGGAGAGGAAAUAACACUGAGUACAUCUCCUCUAAGGGGCUUCCCCUUCCCUUAUUUCACACAUGUUGAGCAGAAUAAGUAUCUCAAAACUAGGAUACCCCCAGUCUGAGGGGGAUAUCAGGUUUUAUCAGGUUCUGCCUUAAGAAUUGCUUUCUGCCUUUAAGCAACUGCUUAAAGUAGCUCUACGCCAAGUGAGUAAAUCCAAGGAGAUAGGAGAAAAAAACCCAAAUGACAAAACAUAAAUAUCAGAAAGAUUGCUGAAGAAAUCAAACCCCCUUCUAAGUCACUGAAUUAAUUCCUGUUGGUUGUACAUAAUCCUGUGCUGUGUAAUCUCCCUCAUGCUCUAGCAUCACCAAUGGCGUGAGGUUUUCCCUCUCUCUGCCCCAGAGCCUGAGCUCACAGCAUGCCAGUGCUACUGCAAACAGCCAUGGCAACAGCAGCCAGCCCAUCCCUUGGUGUUCCCAAAGAAACCCACACUCCCGUGCACCAAACCAUUACACUUUGUAAUAUUUCCUACAGCACCCAGAAGCUGCAGUCCUGUACGGUCUCUGUACAUUGGGGUCAAGUGGGUUUUUUUUUGGUUUUUUUUGGUUUUUUUUUUUUUUUUAAUAAAGAAAGGCAUAACAAGCAAUGUGGGAGAAGUGAUGUAAACUGAAAUGGAGCAGUUUCUCUAAAGCUACAUGUCUCAGAUUGUGUAUCCAAUGAUCAGACUUCUGGUUGCUGGACUCUCUUGGAAUCCAACUUCGUUUUUGUUAGCAUGGAGAAUAAAGAUACAAAGAAUAGAGAUAACCACUAAAGCUACAGCAGAACAAAAUUCAUACUCUCCUAACACACCCAAUCUCAAGAAAUAUUUCUGCUAAAUAUAUUAGGAUAAUUGCUCCAGUGAUAUCUCAUAAAGUAAUUAUAACUCAUCACCUCUGUAGGAUUAGCAAGGUUCAAGCCUGGUAUGGUUUUUUUUUUGUUUUGGUUUUCUGUGAAAAAGACAUGAUCAUAAAUUAAAAAUACACAAACCUGAACAGUGCAAAAACUGAAAGAGGAGCAAGGGCUUUAAUUUCAUAAGCCUCUGUCUAAGAGAGGGGGUUGAAGUAAUAAACAACUGUAGCCCUCAUUAUUGAAACUUAGCAGAAUAAAAUGAACCCAGGAAGUUUUGUAUGUUCAUAACCUCAUUUCUGGUGAUGAAAAGGCAGGCACCAGAGCAGAUUCCCUUUUUCCCUCGAGGCAUUUUGCUGCCUUUGGAGUAGGCAUUGCCAGCAGUUUGCUCGUUAUGGUUUCCAUGUCUCUGCUGGCAACAGGAGCAGUGCUGCCAGCAUCCUGUCAAAGAGCCUGCUGGUGAACCAUAAUUCAAUAAUUCUCCCGCAGCUCUGCUCUCAGCCCUCCAUGGUGGAGCACUCCAAACACAGGCAGAGGGAAAGACUCAGUGGUUACAGCAGAGAGCUCUGGGCUGGUGCUUCAUUAGUUACUGCCUGUAAAGAAACACACUCAGCAGCGUGAGGCACUGUGAAUGUGUGAAACAGAGUUCAGGAGAAGCCCUCGUUCUUAUUUUCAGUGCUAGCUCAUGGGGAAAUUGUGCAUUCAUCAGCUGUUCAAGCUCCAUGCCCAUGCAUUGUCACUAUUUAUGUCUGUGCUGAGAACAAAGAAGCAGCAGAAUUUUUUUCCCCAGUUAAGCACACUGUACGAUAAAAGAGUUCAGCUUUCCCUGGGCAAGGUGCACAAAGCUUGCCAAAUGCAAAGAGAAGCUGUCUUCAAGUAGGGAACAAAGAUUUUACAAGGGUAUUCCAUCCUUGUACUUCAGACACCCAGAAAAUUUCAUGGGAGUAAAAUGCUUUCCUGCAGCCCUACCUAUUCCUUUUGUAUAAAUCUGGAUCCAGUUUUGGGUUUUCAGAGGCAUUUAACUUCCCAUCUGGGUAUAAACUUCCCAGCUUUCAGUGUCCUUUGGUGUACUAACCCAUAAAACUAUUUUUGGCUGAAUGUUUCAUAUACUAAGGGGGGGGAGGAAAGCAAAAAGUUAUUAAAAUUACAAUGUCUUUUUUUUCUACUCCUGUCUCCCCUAAAUAUAUCAACAGGUACAAAAGAAUUGAUCAGACAACUCUGACCAAGUCUGUGACUACAAUGACAUUUCAAACCAGUACUGAAAUUGGCAAUAAAUCUUUAUCUACAAACUGCUUAAUGUGCAGUAGAGGAGAAGGUGGAUGGUUGUUUUAACUGGGCAUGCUCUUUAGAGUGUGGAAUGGAUCAACUGCAGUCAGUUCCAUUAGAAAAUCAAAUUAUUAUUUAAGGAAGAGUGAACAGGAAAGUAGAAGAGAAUACUGCAUGAAUAACAGAAAGAGUUGAGGUUGAGAGUGAUGUGAAAAAAUUGAAAUUUGAUCUUGUAGAAAAGAAAAAAAGAGACAUAAAAGCAUCAGUGUCAAAUAGUAAGAAAAUGGAAACAUUCUGUGUUUCCGUGCCAGAGCUGACACUGACCAAGAAAGAGAAUGAAUGUAGGGUGUUGAAGGGUUCCAGGAUGACCAGACACAGAUGCAAAACACACAUUUGUGUGUUGUGUACACAAACCUGUGUGUGCACAGGAAAAUCACAGCAUGGUGCCCAUGGGGAGGUGGUGGCUGUGGUGAUGAAGGAGAACUUGCAGGUUUUUGGCCUGGUUGAUGCUGAAGUUUCCUUCUUGAGUUCCAGUCCCAGCGCCUCCAGCAGAGCUGGGAAGGCAGCAGGGCCAUGAGAGGGGUUUGCUACACUGUGUGUGCAGUAAGUAGAGAAAUGUAGAGCCAAGACCAGCCCACCCAGGGGCUUGGGGCAAACAUUCUGUCUCCUACAACUCAAAUCUGAGGGUUCAGUUACCACAUAGUUUAUUUGAGGUGAGAAAUGGAACUUUUGCCCACAGACAGCUGUUGAUUAAUUUUACAGAUUUUCUACAACAAACAUACUCCAUGGGUGGAUGAGGAGCUGGAGAUACCCAAGGCAGACCAUAUUCCAUAUUGAAAAGGCCCUCAAGUAAACUUUUUGUAGUGAUACAAUCUCCUAAGUGGCCACACAGUUAGGAAACCUGAUUUUUGAAAAUAUACAUAAUAGAAAACUUUUUAAGGAUAACAACCAUCCCUAUGCCAAUCUGAGAGCUGAAGUUAUUGCCUCUCUUCUCAGGAAAAACUACUGGCACAUUUAUUUUUGGCCUCUCCACAAACUGAUGUAAAAGUGUAGGGUACAUCUGAAAAGAGAUGGGGUUUUUGUGUGUAUUCUAUUCCAAAUACUGCGCCACCAGUUAAAUAAAUUUUUUAUUGUGGUUAACAAUCAAUUCAAAUAUAAUAAUAUUCAAAGGGUCAUCAUGACAGGGAUGGGAAGAUACACCAGAGUGGAUUAUUGCUUUGCAGGGUAAUACAUGUACAGGGUGUGCUUCCUGAGAACUGUUUCAUCUCAACUUCAGUGUGUUUUGAAGUUUAUAGUAGACUUAUCAAAUCCUAGAAAUAAAGAUUAGUAGACAAAAGGAAAAAGUAGUGCAAGUAGAGUAUUAUGCUAACAGUGCAGAAUUAUUUCCUAGAAUAUAUUUUUUAGUGUUAGGGGUGGGGGUGCUUCAACCUACUUAAAUGUUUCUAAGCCUGGGGCUUCUACUGCUUCCCUUGGGAGAUUGUUCUAGAGUCUAUUAGAAUUCACCAUUAGAAAGCUUUUCCUGAAAACGAAUUUAAAUAAUCCUUUUUGUAAUUUUUAUCUCAUUAGUCCUAGUUAUACCCUUUUGCACCACUCUAAAUAGUUCCUCUAACCAUGAUUUAUAUCCUUUGAAUAUUUUUAGAUAGUUAUCAAGUUCAUUGCCCUUGGUAAUUUACUAGAGAAGCUGUGAAUCCCUCCUCAUCCCAAUUCAUUCCUUCAGUUUUGUAUUUCUUACCUUUUCAUGAAAUGUCCUUAAUGCACCAACUAAAUCCCCUGGUAUUUCCUUAGAUUAGUCAGUUCACUCUGUUAAGGUGCUCUGUGUUGCUGGUGUCACUGCAUAAGUUGUUAAACAAUAAAUUUAAAUUGAAACUUGAUUUUUAAUUUUUUUUCUGUAAUCUAUGGAUAAGUUCCCAUAUGAUAUGAAUUUGGCAGUGUCUUUUACAUGGGUAUGAUUUAACAAAGCCAACCAAUAAACACUGCAGCCAAUCAAACAAUAAUACAAAGUAUAAUUUGUUAAAACUUAGGUUGCUGUCAUCAGUGGGAAAACAGACAUUGUCAUUCCAUGAUUUUACAUGGAAUGUAAUGUCCAUGUUUUUACACUAAACAGCAGCUACUAACCAGUACUUUCACUUAAGACAGAUAACACUGCUUCUCCUCAAAUGUCAAGAGAAUGCAUCUGCUUUCUAAAACAAAUGCUCGAGAUUUCUAGAUAGGCACUAACUGCUGCAAAGAAACAGAAUUGUGCCAACUCUUCUGAUUACUGCCAUGCCUGCCCUUAUAUUGCAAAUUUGUGAUCCGUUUCUGGUCCCUGGCUGGCAUGAUGACCAUUUGGGGUUUGUUUUCAAGCAUGCCCCAAGCAAACCUGUGUUCGCCGGCUCAGAAGCCGCACUGGCAAACAGGGAGGAUGUACAAAGGCAGCUUGGCUCUUCUCAUUGAUGUGUCUCCUUCAUCUCCUCCUGCCUCCAAACCAGAACUGAAAUCCUUGUGUUUGUAGAGCCACUGCAUCACUUAACACCCAAGGGAAAUAGAAUUUGAUGUCUUCUCCAUUUGGGCUGUCUGCAAGGAUUGGUGUAAAGGGGAGAGCAGGAAUGCUGAGGGUUCCAGGGGUGGCUCUGGGGAGCCCUCUGCUUCCCUCAGCACAUCUCUGUCCCCCGUGGGUGCAAACUGUGCAAACCAUAUUGUAGGAAAUGAAUUGCCAGGAGUGGGUUUGGGUCACACGAGCAAACAGUGAAUUCCUGGGCUGUUUGCUGUCACUGCUCUGCCCACCUUCCCCAAGCAUGAGGAGUACCCAAAGUCUGAUGGACAGGGAGGAAGAUGAAUGAGCCUUGGAAGGUCAGGUUGCAACACAAAGGAGAGGAAUUCCUGAGCAACGAGCUGCUUGUGAUAAGCAGAAUCAGACAUGCACUCUGAAUAUUGCUGCAUUUUGGUGAAAGGGGUUGUUCUAGUUAGAUUUUUUUUUUAAUAACUAUCUAUAUAGUUAUUAAACAUUUAAAUGUUACUGAGACUGUAGGAUUUUGAAGAGCUGAGAAAUUAUCUCAUCAUGGUGAAUGUAAUGGCUGUGCUCUAAUUCUCUAAUUGGCUGGGACAAUUCUAUUUCAUAUUUCAUCAUCUCUUGACAGUAAAAAUGGUAUUUCAUCUGCCUGCAAAAAUUUACAAUUUUUCCCACGCAGUUCGUCAUUUCCCACAUUGUUUCCAUGUCAGUGCAUUGGUUCUUGUUGAGGAGCAGUAACUGCAGCUGGUAGCAUGUAUUUUGUAGCUCGGGGUUGCUUCCUAGCUGUCCAAAUUCUGUGUAGUUGUGGCCACUUCUAUGGAUAAUAAAAAACUAUACCAGAGAAGGGAUUAAAUAAAUAUAUGCUGUAUGGUUGUACAUACAAUGGUUGUACUCUGUAAACAUGUCUCAAACCAACAGACUGUUCAGCCCAGGAAAAAUGCCCUUACAUGAAAUAUCUUGCUGUUGAUGUGAAACAACCAUGAAUCAUAUCUUGAAAUGUCUUGUUGCAGAUGUUAAAUGCAUUUCUGAAAGCAUGAAUCUACACAAUUUAUGCAGUACAAUGAAUUAAAUGACUAUAUGCAAUUGAAAAGAUUAAUAUGAAAUGAUUUUUUUAAUAUAGAUGAAUCAGCUAUUAAAAAAAAAAAACCAAACCAACCUUUUCUUAAUGAAAUGUACAGUAAAUUUUGACAGGCAGUAUAGUACACAAACCCUAACUUUACAUAGAGUAAGAAGUUGUACAAAAGCUCCUCCAUGCCAUAGUGGUGUAUUUCAUAAAAGCCAUGUCAAUUUGCACAGUAAUUUAUGAAUUCAACAUUGUUACUGCCCAUAUGUUUUCCACAGGACUGAUUAAAUGCAUAUUCCAAAUAGAUCUGUUAUUUUAACAUUUGUUCUGUACAUCCAUACAUGUAUAAAGCCAGAGUCAUUUUUGUGGUCACUAGAGCACUUUCUGUGAAUUGGCCAAUAAAUAUAAUUUUAGAAUUUCACA